UCGUGUGCAGUAUUCUGUAAUGUAUUAAAAUGCGCGCGAAAUAUAUUGUGGCUAUAUUUUCUACACUAAUAUGUUCACAUUAUACAUUUGAAAUAUGGAAAAAGUCGGACCAACGAUUGGCUGAAAGCCAAUCAGUGUUGGACCCACAUGGCGACUUGUUACUCAAAUGGAGAGUUGAUUAUUCACUUCAAAAAAUACAGUUCACUUUGACGUUAUCCGAAAAGGCACCACCGUUCAAUUGGUUCGCUUUAGGAUUUUCGGACAGAGGUGAUUUAGAGAAGUCGGAUGUUUGCUUAAUAUGGUGUGAUUUUAGAGGUCAUGAUCACUUUGAGGACAUGCACGCAGAUAAAGAAGGAAAGCUGUUACGUGACGUAAAACAGGACUGUGAAGCUUACUAUGUUGAUUCCAAAACUCGAAGUAUAUCAUUUCAGCGAUAUUUUGAUACAUGCGAUGAUGAUGACUAUGUUAUUGAGGAUGGUACCGUUCACGUUGUUUGGGCGCGGGGGACCGAUAAGCUUUUCUCUUCUAAAGGUUUAUGUUUGACGUGCACUUCCUCCCAAAAUCACGGGUUUAUUAGAGUUCGUCUUCUAACUCCUCCUUCAUUGCCAAAGCCAAACGCUCGCCAACUUCGCAUAACUAACAAAGAUUUAAAAGUCCCUGGCACAGAUACAACAUAUUGGUGUAAAGUGUUUAAAUUACCGGAUUAUAUUACACGAGCGCCGCAUCACAUCAUCCAGUUCGAAUCUGCAAUAACACACGGAAAUGAGGGAUUAGUGCAUCAUAUGGAAGUUUUUUAUUGUGAUGCUGAUCCAGAUAAAGCUAUACCACUUUAUGAAGGCAAUUGUUUUGCAAUUAACAGACCUGAAGCCACCAAAGUCUGUUCUAAGGUCAAAGCAGCUUGGGCUAUGGGUGCCACACCCUUUACGUAUCCUGAAGAAGCUGGUUUACCGCUCGGAGGACCACAGGCAAAUAAAUACGUUAUGCUUGAAGUUCAUUACAACAACCCAGAGUUGAAAAGCGAUUGGGUGGACAGCUCUGGUGUUGUUCUACAUGUAACAGCAAACAGGCGCCGAUACGAUGCUGCUAUUAUGGAACUAGGUCUGGAAUACACGGAUAAAAUGGCCAUUCCUGGUGGUCAGAAGGCUUUUCCUGUUUCUGGCUAUUGCAUUCCCCAGUGCACUGGAGUGGGCUUACCACCAGCCGGUAUAACAGUUUUUGGUAGUCAACUCCAUACACACUUGACGGGCGUAGCUGUAUGGACACGACAUUCACGAGGCGGUGUUGAAUUGCCUAUGCUUAAUAGAGAUAUGCAUUAUUCUACACAUUUCCAGGAAAUUAGGAUUUUACAUCGACCUGUGAAGAUAUUACCGGGAGACUUCUUAGAGACAACAUGCAUCUAUAGAACUGUGGACAGGGAAAAUGCGACAAUCGGUGGACAUGCCAUUACAGACGAGAUGUGUGUCAACUACAUGCACUACUACCCCGCUACAGAACUUGAGGUGUGCAAGAGCGCUGUGUCCAAUGCUGCUUUGGAAAAUUACUUUAAAUUUGAGCAACGCUGGGACAACAUGUCAAUCUGCUAUAAAGCUUCACCUCGCAUGAACUAUCUAUCCAUACACCCCUGGACACCAUUAAGAGUGAAUUCGUUGAACACUCUGUAUACUGAAUCACCAAUCUCCAUGCAAUGUAACAAGUCUGACGGACAUCGCUUUCAGGGUGAUUGGGAGGGUAUGGCCAUACCUAAAAUAAGGAUUCCGUUACCAAAAGAAUCCAGGGUGUGUCCAAAUAUGUAUAAAGAAAAUGCUUUGUUGGCCAAGUAAAAUUUUGUGUACACACAGCUAUCGUUGACAAAGCACAAGUAAUUGAUGCUCUUUGACUAUCAUCAUAUGGAAUUCUAGAAAUAUGUAAUAUCGUUCCUUAGAUAGAAUAGAUAACAUAUUUUGACAUUGUUAGGAACUUAUUCGUAUUUUUUUGUAAUACAUAAAGUAUCAUAAUAAUGUUCAUGCUUAAUUUAAUUUAUAGGUGUUAAAUAUUUCAUAAAAUUUAUUAAAUG